CAUCAUAGAGGCUAUUAUAUACCGGUCGGAAUGGAACCUGCCAUUCCUCACUUCACUUCUGAGAAAGCCAAGAGAAGACACAGUAAACAGGUUGGAUAAGAAACCAAGAAGACAGCAUCGUGACUUCUGCAGGACGUGCUGUAAUUUUCUCUCUGUCUCUGUAACUCUUACAACAUAUCUCUCAUAUUCUUCCAUCCGUUUUCACACCAUUUUACGACCUUUAAUCCUAUGGACUUGGGCCCAGCUUGAAUGUGCAGAAACUGGGACUUCUAAGAAAAUGCAGAUGCAGCUGAUCUCCGUUAUGCUCCUUUUUUUAUUGGGUAAUGUACUUUGUUCAGAUACAGACCAGGGGAAAAGGGCAACAGAGGAAGAGGUACUGAGAAGUCUCCUCACUUCAAAGGUAAAGCAGAGCAAGCACAUCGCCCCCCUGUGGCAGCUGCGGCUCCAGGAUGUGUGCAGGAUGAUGAACAGUCUCGGGGAGUCAUGGCAGGAGGCCUGGGUCAGUGAGGAGGAGAAGGAGGACACGGAGGUUCAGGCUGAGUAUGAGCAGUGGGUCUUGGGUACCCUCACCCAAAUGCAUGACCUCCGGAACCUCUGCAGGGUCCUGCAGCCUAGAGAGCUACAAGACGACGAAGAAUAUCUGGAGCUGGACCAAAACAGCGACAGUCCACUGAAGAGGAAAUCUCCGUAUAUACUUAAAAGGCAACUGCGCACCAAUAAAUCAAGACGGCCGUACAUUCUGAAGAGAAGUGUGUAUUACUGAUGCUCAAGAUCCACUGAUGAAAAGACAUUUUACAUUUUUUUUAACAGGUGUAUUUUUUCUCUGUCUUAGUAUUACAGUAGCAAUAUAAUAACUGUAUGUUCUGUUUUAGCUCAAGUUUUUUUUAUUUAUGUGAUCGAGAAGUCAAUGCCUUAUUCAUCAUUAUGGGAUUGACGAUCAGUCAAUUCAAGAGUUUAUUAUAUUUAUUUAUUUAAUGUAUAAUUAUUUUUCUUCCAAUGUAAUUAAAUCAUACUUAUAAAAACUCUUUAUGAGACAUCUAUUAUCAUUAUUUCACAGAAGGAAGUAUUUUUUUCAUGUUUCCAUUUGUGA